UCGGCUUUUCUUGUUUUCCCCUUCUCCCUUUCCCCCAGAAAAUUUCCCCAAUUUUCCCUUUGGUCGGCGUGUCCAUCAUGGCGGAGGUGGAGGCGAAGCCGAUAGAGAUGGCUCCGUGCUUGGAGGGAUCCAUGGCGAAGCCGAAGGCGAUGAAGAAGAAGGCGAAGGGGCCUAGUUGGGCAGAGUAUCAUGCGAUGGAGAAGCGCUUGGAUUCGAUGCUUGACAAGAUUGGUGACCUCAGCUGGAUGUUGAAUCUUGAGAGGAUUCGAGGCUGCUUUGGCGACACCCUAGUAGAAAAGUUAUUUCCACCAGAAACCAGGCUGGUGCCACCCAAGGAGGAUUAUUUGAUGCGCGAUAUGCUGCUGCUGGUUUAUGAAGUCGAGAAGAUGGAUCAUCCUGGACGUCCGACUUGUUCCGACGCAAAGAGCUCAAGUUGUUGCAAGCGGGGGUGAAGGGGGUGGAUUUGAAGAGGUUCAGGGAGGAUCAAUUGCUGCUGCGUCUCAAUCUCAAGGAGGAGAAGAAGGAGAAGCCGCGUCACGUUAAGGAUUUAUAUGAGGAGCGGUCGCGCUUGAUGUGCGAGUAUGAGCGGCUCAGGUCUGAGAAGAGGGCUCCUGAUUUCUCAGGCAUGACCGAGGCCGAUCGUGCAGCCGAGGCGGAGAGGCUCAGAGAGGAAGCGUUCGAGGAGGCGCGCCGUCUCCCCGAGGGUCGGCGGCGGCUGGAAGCGGAGGCUCGCGCUCGCAUCCUCGACUUCGAUCCCAAGCAGGGGGGCAUCUACUACAACAGUUUCAACUUGGCCGACCUCAUCUACCGCAACAGUUUCAGCUUGGCCGACCUCUACACGUUCGACCUCGCCGAGGAGGAGUCGCCUAUAGGCCCAAUGAGAUUUACCAAUAAAGUCUUUGAUGACGAAGAAAUCGAGCUCACUGAGGCAAUAAACAUCCUAUCAGUCAAGGUAGCCCGCUCAGAUGUUGGCUUCCCUAUCCAUGUCUAUGGAACUGUCAUUGUGCGAGACUCCAUCGAUCUCAAGCGUGUUUAUCUCUUCAACCGCGACCGCCAACAUUGCCAACUUAUCAACUCUAAGGAUGAACCGUUGAUCUUGACUGGCCCAAAACGAGGUCUUGCAUUGUUAGAUGAUAAUUAUGUUGAGAUCGAUCUGAAGAUCAAGGAUCAUCAAGGUGAGGACAGAGAACUCAGUAAAGGAAUCUUGACAAUCAGUGGCAUAGCAAGGCGGUCCUUGGAGAAAUGUGAGGUUGAUAGACUCUCUCUUGCCACCAGGCUAAGUACUGUGAAGGUGGAGUAUGCUUUUGUGAUAUCUGCGGUGGAGGCAACUAUUGCAAUUGAAGUUGAAGAAGGAGAAUUUUGUGGAACAGUCACUGCCUACUUAACCAGCAUCAACAAGAGGCUUGUGCUCUAUGAUAGAAAACUGGCCGAUCACAUGCCUGGUAAUGGUCUUGGUGCUAUCAAGAUGAUGCGACCUGUCAUAUCUGUCUGUUUUAGUGAUGUACUGCUAAUCGUUGCAAGGGCUCAUGGUGGUAAGGCUGUAGGCCUUGGAAUUGCUCCGAGGAUCUCCAAUGAAUAUGGUGUUGGAUUCAGUUUAGGUACCGCUAAGAUGAGCCUGCGGAUUGAUUGGUCGAUAGUGAACCCAUCGACAAGGGGAGCAUGUUAGUGCACCACAUCUGAUUCAGUCAUGCCGCACAUAUCAUUGAAGUUGGUUAUGUGAGACCCUGCUGGAUUUUAUAUGUGUGAUGGAUGAUAAUCAUGUAGGGGGUCAUGUUUUGUCUAAGUGCUAGACUUGUUAUGUGAAGGAACUUAUGCAUCUGUGAGACAAUGCUGGAUUUUAUAUAUGUGUUAUGGAUAAUAACCGUGUAGGUCAUGUAAUGUCUUAGUGCUAGACUUUAUGUGGUGACUUGCCGUGGACUAUUUG